GAGUAUUUAUCUAAACAUGAUCCCAAAUUAUUUUCUGCCUUCAUCUCAGAAUGAUUUCAUCUGCAUAACAUUGCUGUUUUGUUUAAUUAGGUAUAUUAGAGUUUGUUCCACAUAUAAGCUUAUUUUUUAGAGGAAAUUCAACUAACAACAACAAUGGGGGAAAAAAGCGGCCCUACUUAGGUUUUCUAUGAAUAAAAGAAAAAUUGCGUGCGAUAAAUUGAAAAGUUUCUGGGCAUGAAGUUCCAUAGAAGUAAAGGGAGUGUCGGCGGUAAGUCAGUUCUUCGCAUACCUUACUCUCAGGUAGGUAGGUAGGUUGGUAGGUAGGCAAGCAGGCACUUUGGUAUAGUGUACUCUAGCGGAGAGUCGAGUCGAAUGUCGAGGUUCGUGAGCGAGUGAGCCAGCGAGCAAACGGACCCAACGAUCCCCUCUCCAAGAUGGCCGCUGUUGGGUCCAGCGGUUACCCUGAUCGAGCCGAGCAAAAGCAACUCGCCUAACUAAAGUUAGCAGGGGAAGGGAAGACCUUGCAGGUGCCGCCAUGUCAGUGCAUGCCUAACCUCGAAGCCGCGCGGAACAGACGCUGGGCCUUACGUCGCGUUAAUCUCCUCGUGUACUGUUACUCGACAAAAAGAAGAAAAAAACUAGCCAAGUUCCGAAAAUAAUAUCAUUGGUCCUCCUUCUAUUACGGUGUGAAUAGUUGGUAUAUCGCGCAAAUCAAUUUGGAUUAAAGUGAAUGAUCUACAAUUUGGUAUUUGGGCCUUAAGGUGCAGUGUUCUGCGAUACGGCGAGGCACCGGCUAGCGCGGGUUUAUUGCGUUAGGUGAUGUGAGAUUCCGUCGAUACUGUUCAGGUUUUUCAUCCCUGUUGUGCUCGCUUGCUGGAUCGCGUCUAAAGAGAAGGCCAAGAUCUUCUUGGAGAAGACCAGUGUCUUCCUUCUCUUUCUGUCUCGCGUUUUCUUUUUUUUCUCUCUGUCUCUCUCUUUCUUCUUUGCCUUAUUUUUCAAGAGGAAAAUUGAAAUUAUUCCAACAUAAAAUACAUGUUGUUUUGGUCACACUUGGCAAGAAGUCACGUGAGUUGAAGGCUGACUCAAACUGCAGGCAUCGAGAGGUCAUCGCACGUCUUCUCUCGCUGGAAUGAUCACGAUGAGCUGAGUAUUACACUCACUAUGAUCAGACACCACGUGCGGAUACUUACGAAUACAGACAUAUUCAAAAGAGUAGCAUCUCUUUUCUUCCUUUAUGUUUGUCAUACAAUUUUUUAAAUAAAAUCUGGAUUACGAACAAAAAUUGAUUCUUUUGGAAGUGACUGAUUUAUAAAUAGGUUUGUUUUUUUGUGAUGUGGUGGUGAUUGUGGGUGUAUGGUGAUGAUAGAAAAAAGAGUUUGUUGAAACAGUGAUUUUACGUGGAUUUUUCCAUCAGAUAUGAAAAGAUCAAGAUAGUAUUUGUGAGAAAAGUGGCGGGAGGAGGAGGGAGUGACCCAGGAUGCGGGUCUUGCUGCUGAUUUUCGUCCUGGGAGUGGCGCAAUUCCCGGGUACGAAAUCCGAACUCGUUCGGUAUCUCGAGGUUUCGGAAAAUGCAGCACCGGGAACAAGAGUUGGCUACAUUGAUGCUGACAGUCCACCUUAUUUAAUAGUCCCUGUGCCUGGAUCAGCAGUUGAUGCUGAUUUAAUAGUAGACCAUGCGACCGGCGAGAUAAAAACAAGAGUGCCUCUGGAUCGUGAGACUAGACCAUCAUAUAGUCUCGUUGCUCUACCACAGAAUGUUCGGGUGGUCAUCAAAGUACUUGAUGAAAAUGAUAACGCACCAACGUUUCCUGCCGAACAUGUGGAUGUUGAAUUUCCAGAAAAUUCACCACGCGAUGCAAAACGUGCCCUACCACCAGCUAAGGAUCCUGACUUGGGACAAUAUUCGACUCAACGAUAUGAAAUUGUCUCGGGAAAUUACGGAGAUAUGUUUCGACUUUCGCAACAUCGGGGACGUGACGGUGUUUUGUAUUUGGAUUUACAGAAUUCUGGCUCUCUUGAUAGGGAGGCACGUUCUUGGUAUCAUCUUGUGAUAGAAGCACUGGAUGGCGGUGCACCACCUCUAAGGUCUCGACUCCAUGUCAAUGUCACAGUGCAAGAUGUCAAUGACAAUCCGCCGAUCUUCAAUCAGACACGGUACACGGCAAGUGUACCGGAGAAUGCCACCGUCGGCACACCAAUACUCAUGGUGAACGCUACUGACUUGGAUGCCGGUGACAAUUGUAGAAUCGAGUAUUCCAUCAAUCGUCGUCAAUCCGACCGCGAGGAGAUGUUUCGAGUGGAUCCGGAAACGGGCAUGGUUUAUGUGAACAAGCCAUUGGACUUUGAGUCAAAGGAGCGACACGAACUGGUAAUCGUCGCAAGGGAUCGCGGUGCACAGCCGCUUGAGGCAAGUACCUUCGUGUCAGUCCAUGUCACCGAUGUGAAUGACAAUCAGCCGGCGAUCACGGUUAUUUUCCUGUCGGACGACGCUACGCCCAAGAUCAGUGAGAGUGCACAACCUGGUGAAUUCGUUGCAAGGAUAUCGGUCAGCGAUCCUGAUUCAAGAACGGAAUACUCCAAUGCAACCGUCACACUAUCAGGUGGCGACGGACACUUUGGACUGACGACACGUGACAACAUUAUCUAUCUUGUUGUCGUUGAACGACCACUUGAUCGUGAAGAAAAGCCGGUUUAUGAUCUUUUGGUGGAAGCCACGGAUGCAGGAACACCUCCGUUGAGAGCAGUAAGGACAUUUAGGCUUUUAGUGACAGACGUGAAUGAUAAUGCUCCAAAAUUUCUUCAGGAAAGAUAUGAUGCACAUUUAUUGGAGGCAUCGGAACCGGGAACAUCUGUUUUGCGUGUUAGUGCUACGGAUUUGGAUGAGGGGGCAAAUUCUGUCAUUAAAUAUAGUUUAUUGAAUACAACGUGGUUUGCAAUUGAUGUGAAUUCGGGUUUGAUCAGUACCGUGACUCACGUGGACUGUGAGGCUGAUCCGGCGCCAAUUCUUGUUGUUGUUGCUACCGACUCGGGUCGUCCACCUCUUAGUAGUAGUGCUACCGUUCGUGUGACAGUGCAUGAUCUUAAUGACAACGAACCCAUCUUCGAGAAGCCAUUGUACAACGCCACGGUGCCUGAGGAUCUACCGGUUGGACGCUGCUUUCUCAAGGUACAAGCUACGGAUCCUGAUUGUGGUGUGAAUUCCAUGGUCAACUAUACUUUGGCGGCGAGUAAAAUAGCCAGUGAACAGCUUCUCGUUCGGAGUGACACUGGAGAAAUCUGUGUCAAGUCGCCACUCGACAGGGAGUCUGCAUCGUAUUUGGAAUUGCCGGUCAUUGCCACCGAUAGAGGUGGAUUGAGUACAACAGCAAUAGUACGUGUUGAAAUCACUGAUGUCAAUGACAAUAGACCAAUAUUUAAUCCGAGAAAUUAUAAUGUGACCUUGAAGAAUACAGAGCCAAUUAGUGGUGCAAUAUUGAGGGUAAUGGCAACCGAUCAAGAUGCUGGUCUUUUUGGUCAAGUUGACUUCCGAAUAUCAGGUGGCAAUGAAGCUGGUAUCUUUCGAAUAGACAGAAGCACUGGUGAGAUUCAUGUGGCACGACCAAGUCUUCUGGCGAGGUCGUCGGUGCAUCAGUUGAACGUGACUGCAACAGAUGCUGCAGGUCUGAAGAGUUCAAUGGACGCUGAAGUUAGAAUCACGGCGUCAUCUGCUGUUCACAGAUUAGCAAUUUGUGAAAGGCCACGAUAUACAUUUAUCGUUAAGGAAAAUGUCGCGCAAAAUUCUGUUGUUGGUACAAUUAAGGACACUGGAUCUUCAUCUGGAAGUGAAAGAUCGAUAAGAUUUUAUCUAGUCACAGAGGAAAUGGAUUUCACCAUUGAUCCAAACUCGGGAAUCGUGAGGACAAGACAACUUCUGGAUAGAGAGUCUCGAGAUAAAUAUAUCCUGAGUAUUGAAGCACGAGAUGGACUCUCGGUUGGAUACUGUCAGAUUGAGCUGACAGUAGAGGACGUGAACGAUAAUCCACCAUCGUUUCCAACAAACUCGGUACGAAUAUCCGUUCCGGAAUCUCAUCCAUUACAUACGCCGUUGUACGUAGCGCAUGCAUGGGAUCCAGAUUUGACACCAUCGUCGCCAAUUCGUUACAUCUUGGCGCAAAACAGCAACGAUCUCUUUGGAAUCGAUGCUCGACUCGGUGAAUUGUAUCUUGCACGUAGAUUGGAUUACGAGACUCAGCAGAGGCACAGCCUCUUGAUAAGUGCUCUGGAUGGCGCAGGUCUCUCGGCGAACUUGAGUCUCAGCGUUGAGGUACAGGACGUGAAUGACAACCCCCCAGUGUUCGAGAGGAACGAGUAUCACGUAGAAGUUCCCGAAGGCGCCAGACUCGAUUCCCAGAUUUUGCAAGUGACUGCAGUUGAUCUUGACACGGGAAACAAUGCAAGAUUGAGUUAUCGUCUUCAGGGUUCAACGGCAUUUCGUAUUAGUUCAAAUAUGGGAUGGAUUUUUCUAGCUCAAAAUCUUGAUCGUGAAACAACAGAUCGUUAUGCUCUCACUGUUCUUGCAAUUGACAACGGUUCACCAGCAGCAACUGCAAGUGCAUCGGUUUUAAUUACAAUUUUAGAUGACAAUGAUAAUGAACCAAAAUUUGAAAAGGAAUUUUAUAGUUUUGAACUAUUGGAGAAUUUACCAUCUGGUACAUUAGUAGGUUCGGUGACUGCUUCGGAUCCUGAUCUUGGUAAAAAUGCUCUUUUGAGAUAUGCAGUGGUCCAAGCAAACAGCAGUUUCUCCAUUGAUCCCGAUACUGGUGAAGUAACAACUCGUGAGCCACUGGAUCGGGAAUCGAAAGGAAUUCACGAAUUGGUUUUGGAAGCACGUGAUCAGGGUACUCCAUCGAGAGCAGCACGAGUACCUUUAAAAGUCACUGUUCUCGAUGUGAACGACAAUUCUCCAGAGAUUGUUGAUCCUCAAGGUGAUGUUGUGAGCGUACGAGAAGAGCAACCAUCCGGAACUGAGGUAGCAAGGAUUCGAGCACUGGAUUCCGAUCUUGGAGAAAAUGCCUCAGUCACUUAUACUAUUCUUAAAGAUCGCGACUCUGAUGGUUACAAUGUCUUCACCAUUGAUCCUAUCACUGGAAUGAUCAGAACGAAAGUAGUUCUCGAUCAUGAGGAACGUAAUGUCUAUCGAUUGUCAGUGAGAGCAAGCGACGCUGGGCGUCCACCUCGUCACAGUGUUCGUGCUCUUCGAGUUGAAGUUCUAGCCUUGGCGGAUAAUCGACCGACAUUUACGAGCAGCAGUCUCACCUUUAACGUAAAGGAGGACGCAACUAUUGGUAGUGCUGUUGGCUCCGUUUCAGGAGCAGGACCAGCGGGUCGAGUGGCAUACAAUCUUAAUUCUUUAACUCCAAUCACUGAUUAUCCGGCAUUUGACGUUGAUCGUAGUUCCGGUCAAUUAGUCGUAGCUCAUUCUCUUGAUAGGGAAAAUACAAGUGAAUAUCAUUUGGAAAUUCGUGCAUUGGAUACGACUUCAAUUGGUAAUCCGCAGAGUAUUGCGGUUUCGGUGAAGAUUAUUAUUGAAGAUGCCAAUGAUAAUUCACCACGUUGGCCACAGGAUCCAAUCAUAGUGAGAGUCUCAGAACGUACAAUGAUUGGCUUGACGAUUUAUAAUCUUACUGCCACUGAUUUGGACAGCAGUCCCAAUGGUGAUUUAAGGUAUGGUCUUGUUGCUGAAUUUCCUCCAAGUGGAAGUUUUGCCGUGGACUCAUUGACCGGAGCACUAACUCUCGCUAAACCUUUGGAUCGUGAAGAAAGAGCUGAAUAUACAUUAAUUAUUGAAGCUGUUGAUCGAGCACCACCUGGUGAACAACUUUCUUCAACUGUCACUGCCAGAAUUAUCGUUCUUGAUCAAAAUGACAACGAUCCCGUUUUUGUUGCACCGGAAACGACAAGAAUUGCCGUCACUCCUGAUCUUCUGCCUGGCGCCGUUCUUACUCGCGUUGUCGCAGUUGACAAAGAUGUUGAUGACAAUGGUCGAGUAUCAUAUGUAAUCACUUCGGGUAAUGAAGAAGGACGAUUUUCUGUAGGUUAUGAUUCGGGUUUGGUGACUUUAUUGAAACCAAUGAUACGACCUCUUGAGCUUGAAAUCACUGCCAAUGAUCAUGGUUCUCCACCUCGAAAAGCCACAAUGAAGUUGUCGUUAAAUCUUGCUUUUGGCCAGACGAGUGGACCACCAAGGCUUUUACUAUCAAAUCCAAUUGCAAGAGUUUCCGAGCUGUUGCCAAUUGGUUCUGCUGUUUUGAAUGUCGCUGGUUCUGCAAUUGCUGAUCAAGGAAACGUUACAUUUAGCAUACCAAAAGGUGUGGCUUCUGAUAAGUUCAUCAUUUCGUCAAGUGGAGUUGUAACUCUUCGCUCUCCUCUCGAUCGAGAAGAUAUUUCCCAUUAUUCAGUUCCAGUACUUGCAAGAUCAACUAAAUUGCUUGAUCUCACAACAUUAGAGGUCGAAGUUCUAGACGAGAAUGACAAUAAUCCUGAGUUCAAAUCAGGAUCUUGCUACAGAUUGGAAGUACCCGAGAAUCAAGAAACUGCUGCUAUUCACACCAUUGCAGCCGUUGACAUAGAUGAGGGAAAAAAUGGUGAAAUUUUCUAUAGUAUUGUUGGAGGCAACAUUGGAUCGAAAUUUAGACUCGACUCAACGACAGGUGUUCUUUCAAUGUCCAGUCUUGAUAGGGAGACCGUUCCAAAAUAUAUAUUGACAAUAUCUGCCAAAGACAAAGGUCGACCAAGUCUUGAGAGACGUUGUAAUUUAACUGUAAUUGUUCUAGAUGUUAAUGACAAUGCGCCAUCUUUUUUGCAAAAUCAAUACAGUGAUUCACGUUCACGACAAACAAAUCAGGAAUAUGGAAAUUUUGGUUCAUCAUUUGUAUCUGCAGCAUAUCAUCCAGGAAGAUAUUUUACAACAAUUUCCGAAGAUAUUUCCCCUGAAUCGAGUGUCAUGCAAAUUAAGGCUUUUGAUCCUGAUCAGGGAGAUAAUGGAAAGGUUACUUACGCUAUCGCUGAGGAGACAACGUGGCUGUUUAAGAUUGAUAACUUGACUGGCGUCAUCUCUACCUCUGGACCGCUGGAUCGAGAGCGCCAGAGCAGCUAUAAUUUCCUAGUGGUUGCGACCGACGGUGGAAAGAAUGACGCUAAACGAACAUUGAUCCCUGUUGAAAUAAAUAUUGCAGACAUUAAUGAUAAUGCGCCUAUUUUUGAUGAAUAUCCAUUUGAAGCAAGAGUGCCAAUAAAUACACAACCUGGACAAAAUAUUCUUAGAGUGAAAGCAUCAGACGCUGAUCAUGGUGCAAAUGGUGAAAUUGUUUACACAUUCCUUCGAGAGCAUGAGAAACCAAAAUUUAGAAUUCAUCCUAGUACUGGAGUUGUUACUGCAACUUCAUCACUUGCACAAGAAAAUGGAAAAGCUUAUCAUUUGGAAGUAAUUGCCAGAGAUAAGGGAAAUCCUCCUCUCAGUGCAAGGGGUUUAAUUAAAAUUCGUGUUGGUGAUCUUGCUGAAUUGACGCCUAUGCUUAAAUUUCAAAACGACACCUAUGAAGUUAUUGUGCAAGAAAAUUCACCUAAAGGAACUGAAAUUCUUCAAGUCACUGCCGUACGUUCUGAUGGAAGAAGACAACGAAUUUCCUAUUCAAUAGGAACGGGAAAUGAUUUUCGCAGUUUUUACAUUGAUGAAGAAUCGGGAAUGGUGCGUAUCAAUGAUCCAGCGAGAUUGGAUGCCGAACUUUGGAAUGAUCUUAGCGUUAUUGGAACGAAUUCUGAAAUCAGUAAUGAAAGAUCAACUAAUUCUUGGGGUAGAUCAUUCGAUAGUCAAACAACAAAAGAAACCCCUAGAGAAAGUUCGAGACAUGUUUUGACAUUGGUCGCUAGAACAACAGGACCAGAACCUUUGGAAGCUUACGCGAAACUUAUUGUAAGAGUUUCUGAUGUCAAUGAUAAUCCACCAAUUUUCACACAAAAUCAAUAUUCCGCAACGGUUCUUGAAGGCAACAGUAAAGGCGAUUUUGUAGUGAAGCUUACAGUAAGUGAUGCCGAUCAGGGUUUAAAUAGUAGAAUUUUGUAUCAUAUUGUCGAUGGAAAUCCAGACAAUGCUUUUACAAUUAAUCCACCUAAUAGCGGAGAAGUGCGGACCAACAUUGUUCUAGAUCGUGAAAUUCGGGAACAAUAUCGAUUAACUAUAAUUGCCACUGAUCAAGGAAAUCCUCAAUUAACUGGUACAACUGCUCUCAGCGUUCGAGUUAUUGAUAUCAAUGACAAUCAACCCACAUUUCCGUCAACACCUCAAAGCGUCAUUUUCGUCUCAGAAGGUACUCCAAUUGGAUCAGUGAUUACGGAGAUCACCGCCAACGAUGUCGACAGUUCACCAGUUUUGACUUAUCGUUUUGGUAACACUUCAGAUCCGGGACCCUUCAGCAUAGAUCGAUACAGCGGUCGCGUUGUCUUAAAAAAUUUUCUUGAUGCCGAAACUCGUUCCGAAUAUGUUCUGCAAGUUAUUGCCAGUGAUAGUAUCCAUGAAGCAACAACUGUCUUGACAGUUCGAGUGACGGAUCUUAAUGACAACGCUCCUCAAUUUUUGCAAGCGACCUACGUCGCUACACUCUCCGAAGAACACACUGAGUUGCAAGAGAUUUUGGCUGUGAAUGCAACAGACGACGAUCUCACUGAAGAUAAUUCACGAAUCCGUUACCGACUCAUGCAUCUGAAGAAAGGAUUCACGGUGCAUCCGAUAAGUGGUGGAAUUACUGUGAACAGAACAGCGAUACCAAAACCCCUGCCCAAGGAAGUGGAACUUAUUGUCGUCGCUGAAGAUUCUGGAAAACCAACUCUGAUGGGUGUUUGUUCAGUGGUUGUGAGAUUGGGAAGUUUGAAGAGAGCCUUACCUGGUAGAGAUUAUAAGUUGACAAUUAAGGAAAAUGCAUCAAGAGGCACUGCUCUAAUGACAUUAGCGGAAGUUGAUUUAUUGGACGGUGAUAUAAUUGCAGGUGAUGAAAAUGGAAUGUUUGAAAUAUCAAGAGGUACAUUGGUGUUGGCGAAAAAUUUAGAUCGAGAGAGAAAAGAAAGAUAUGUUCUGCGAUUGGGACCAAAGGAUGAGAAUUCAACAACUGGAUCACUUGUUGGUGAUGAUCCAGUUACAGUGGUGAUAACAGUUGAAGACAUCAAUGAUAAUUAUCCAAGAUUUUUAGAAGAACUCCAUCAGGUUUCAAUAAGAGAGGACACAAUUAUUGGCACGAUAAUUGCGACUCUAAAAGCCAAAGAUGACGAUCUUGUUGGAAGUCCCGCGGCAACUCUUGUCUAUAAUAUUACUUCUGGAAAUGAUUUAGGUCUUUUCAGAAUUGAUAAUAGUUCAGGAUCGUUGCAAGUAAACAAUACAUUGGAUUGCGAUUUGGCUUCGGAAUUUCAUAAUCUUGUUGUGAUGGCAUGUGACAGUGAUUUAAUUACUCCACUUUGCGCAUUGGCUCGUAUUAGAAUUCAUCUUGAGGAUGUCAAUGAUAAUUCUCCGAAAUUUCCUGUAUCGGAGUAUCUUGAGUUUGUCGGUGAAAAUGAACCAAUUGGUACAACUGUAUUUUCAGCGCGAGCCUCAGACUUGGAUCGUGGAAUUUUUGGAACUUUAAAUUAUUCCAUUAUGUCAGCAGCAGCCACUGGAUUUUCGGACAUUGAUGAUAGUUGGAGACUUUUUUCGGUUGAUGCAAAAUCGGGAGCGGUUACAACAAGAGCUGUUUUUGAUUAUGAGCAACGAAAUCGUUAUGCUUUUGCUUUGAGAGCCACUGAUGCUGGAGGUAGAAUCGCAACUGUUCGCGUUCGUGUUGAAAUUGAUUCUAGAGAUGAAUUUUAUCCUCAAUUUACCGAGAGAAUGUAUAGAUUUGGAAUUAGGAGCGGAGCGCAAAUUUUGCCUGGUACUGUUAUUGGAUAUGUGACGGCAACUGACAGAGAUAAGGGACCUGACGGACGUGUUGUUUAUCAACUGACAUCGCAACAUCCUUACUUUAAAUUGAAUCGAACAACUGGAGCACUAAUUGUUAAGCAGAAACUGAUACAUUCGAAUAUAGAAGUUGAAGGAUCUUCUAGAUUGGUCGUCAGUGCCAGUUCUGGUAGACAGGGAUCAUUAUCAAACAUGACUGUUGUGGAAGUCACUGUUGUAGAUAAUGACGAUUUUAUUCUAUCGCGUGGAGCAACGUCGCUAAGCACUCCUUCGAAUAUUAGUACCAAUAUGGCUGUAGCAACAUCUAAUGGAUUGGCCGACUGGGCAUUAGGACUCUUGAUCGCUUUGUUAUUGCUUGUUCUUGCUUUUGGAUCCAUAUUCCUUUAUCUUCAUAUCAGAAAUCGCCGACACAAAAAGCCUGGCACGAAACCUGGAUUAAAUGGAGACAGUAAUGCAGCCGCUUCAAAUAGUUAUGUUGAUCCUAGUGCUUUUGACACAAUUCCAAUUAGAAGUGUCGCCGGAGUUGGAAAUUCGGGUAAUUCCUGUUCGGUCACAGAUGGAGUUAGGGGAGAAAGAACAUCUUGUCAGUUCGCUCCUCCUAAAUAUGAUGAAAUUCCAUCUUAUGGUACGUCUGGACAAUCAGGUCAACAACAGGCAACGUCAGAACUCUCGGGAAGUGAUCAGUCAGGGUCUUCUGGGCGGGGAUCCGCCGAAGACGAUGGAGAAGACGAGGAAAUUCGAAUGAUUAACGAAGGACAAACACAUGGUGAUUCUGCCAGUGAUUUAUCAGUUCAUAACACUCAGGAAUAUCUGGCUAGAUUGGGAAUAGUGGACCCUCCAACUGGAACACCAAGAAGACCUCCAGAAGCACUUCCUUUAGAUAGUUUACAUCUUUUUGAGGAUGAAACAGCCACUGAAGCAGAUAUUGCUACCUUAAUCUAUGGGAAAAUUGGCGAUCCAAGUCGACCAACUUCGGGCCUGGAAGUACCGGGCAGUGGACCAUCAAUGAAUGGAUCGUUAAGCUCAAUAGUUCACAGCGAAGAGGAACUAACGGGCUCUUAUAACUGGGACUACCUGCUGGAUUGGGGUCCUCAGUAUCAACCGCUUGCUCAUGUUUUUAGUGAAAUUGCAAGACUGAAAGAUGACGCUGCGAGUGUUCAAAGUGGCAAUUCUAGCAAUAGUGGAAAAGCGAAAUCUGUACAUAAAGCCCCACCGCCACCUCUACUUACGUCCGUUGCUCCGCGAUCACUUGCAGCUCCUGCUUUAGCGAGAGGAAUCUUACCAAGAUCGCCCAUUAGUCACGAUGCAUCAACAUUUCCCUCGGCAGCGUUGAGUCCUAGUUUCUCGCCCUCCUUGUCACCAUUGGCGACAAGGAGUCCCAGCAUCAGUCCUCUAGUGCCACCCACGACGCAAAGAAAUAGUCAAGGUCAUCCCAGGGGGAUUCCAGUCACUGAUGCGGAGCUUAGAAUCUAAUAGGUUAUCUAAUUUCUUGCUUUCUUAAUCGAGUGACUGAAUCCUUCGCGCAGAGCUGGCUAAAAAAAUUAUAAUGCCAAAUUAACUAACUAUAGGGUUAAACAUUUUUCAUAACUUUGUACCUACUGCGAAAAAAGUAGAAAAUACUAUGAAAAAAACUUAAAUUUCAACAAUUAAUUUUUGUUCUUAAAACCAAGUAUGGAACCACGUGAUUGAUACUGCCAGCUUUGCUUUACGACUCAUUUUGUAGAGAGGUAAAUUUUAAGUAAAUUAAUAUGUGAUAAAUUGUUUUUAGCUAGAGGGAGAGAGAAUGAGAGACCUCAAGUAUACACAUCAUAAUAAAGAGAGUAUAAAAUUCUCUUUCAUGAAAAAUUUGUAAAUUAGAAGGAAUAUGUAGAUUUUUGUUUAGAUUAAAAUUGAGACGCGCUAAUUGCCAAGUGAUAGAAUAAGCGUUUCAGGAAAUUUAUAGAAAUUAUUUGUUUUAUCCUCAGGAGACUGGACUAUUAAAAAAAUUUCUUUUGUAAAAUAUGAAAAAAUAUAGAAGUAUUAAAUAAGGCGUAUUGCUGUAAAUAAUAAAUUAAAGAUUCGCUUUAAACAAUGUUUUAGGAUUAAGUAGAUUUUGUAAAUAAAAUGAAAGGUAAAUUUCUAAUAAUCAAAACCUAGACCAUUGUGAAGGAUGAGACGAUUUUUCAUUGUGAACAAGUUUAGCUGUUGUUUGUACAGUAUCGUAAUUAAUGUAAUUAAAAAUUAAGACGGCUGAGUAAUUAAUCGUUCUUGUUUGAACAUUUUAAAAUCGUCUUAUCACAAACAAAAACCAUGAGAGAACUGAUUAAUUAGAUCGUGGUUUAUUUAAAUUAAACAUUUCAAGACCGUUAUAACUGUAAAAUUACAUAUUUUUUUCUAAUUUCAAUGUUUAAGGGCAAUUUAGUUUUUUCCUUGAUAUGAAAAACUAGUUUUUAUCUUUUCUUAAUUAGCCUAAAAUAAAAACAAUUUGCAUAUUCCGUAAAAAAAACUUGUUAAAGAUUUAAUUUUUUCUAAAUUUCUUUAAAACAAUUAUUGAAAUGUUUCUACUUUAACAGAAGUAACAACGUUUCGUGUAUAGAAUGUCUUUAUAUAUUGUAUUAAAGAAAUUAGGCGCAAAAAAUUAUUUAUUUAGCGUUGACUUACUUCUGUUGACAAUGUAUGAAAUAUUAACAAAAUGCCUAUUUUCAAAUUGCAUUUAAAAUGUUAUAUGCCACAAUCUCAUAUUUAUAUGUAUAUGCGCAUAGGUAUAUAUAAUAGAUGAUACUUAGAUUUCAUUUUGUAUAAAUUGUUUUGCUCUGUACAAAUCCUAUAAUUGCGCUUCACUCGAAGUAUUUAAAUAAAUGAAUUUUUUUAGCAAA